GGUGGUCGUGUUUCUUACUUCAUGGCACAGUGAAUUUCACAGGGGCAUCACAUCCAGAAAAACUCCUUUUAAAAAAUAUAUACAUUUCUUAAUAAUUUACCGCUCAGUUAUUUAAUAACACUUGAAUAAAAGGCUGAGCGCUGUGUGGACGGGGGGAAGCGGUGUGAGUGUUCGCUUAGGGCCGUGUCGCGACGCUGUGAGCGGGGAGAGCCGGAGCACGGAGAGCCGCCCUGGAUACCGACCCGCCCUCCGCCCGCCGCGCUCUGCCUCAGAUACCCGAGCCCGCUAACCCGGGCUACUGCAGCGAGCUGCCCGCUCUGACACAGCCCGCUACAGCGCGGAGGAGCUGAGGGCCUGAGUAUAUCAGAGCUGGGGGCCGGUUAGCUGCUCUGACCCUCGCUGCGGUUCUCCACAGACUUUAACUGCGGUUCCGCUGAACUCAGAAUGUAGCAGGAGCCCGGGAGGCGGCGGAGUAACGGCGGACGCAGGACCUCUCACGUGAAUCUACGAUAAACCAAGUUAAAACAACACAAUCCAGCAAGUCAGGGUCGCAGCCAUGUUGGAAGAGGAUAUGGAGGUGGCCAUCAAGGUGGUGGUUGUGGGCAACGGAGCUGUGGGGAAGUCGAGUAUGAUCCAGAGAUACUGCAAAGGCAUCUUCACCAAGGACUACAAAAAGACUAUUGGUGUUGAUUUCCUGGAACGACAAAUAGUAGUAAAUGAUGAAGAUGUGAGGCUGAUGUUGUGGGACACUGCGGGUCAGGAGGAGUUUGAUGCCAUAACUAAGGCCUACUAUCGAGGUGCGCAGGCCUGUGUGCUGGUGUUCUCAACCACUGACCGAGAGUCUUUUGAGGCCAUCAGCAGCUGGAGGGAGAAAGUGGAGAUGGAAGUUGGAGACAUUCCUACAGUUCUGGUGCAGAACAAAAUCGACCUGCUGGAUGACACAGUGAUUAAAAAUGAGGAAGCUGAGGGUCUUGCCAAGAAACUGAAAUUAAGGUUUUAUCGGGCCUCUGUAAAAGAGGAUCUCAACGUUAAUGAAGUUUUUAAAUACCUAGCAGAAAAAUAUCUUCAGAGGCUCAAGCAGCAAACUGCUGAUGAUCCAGAGGUCGUUCACACGUCAAGCAAUAAAAUAGGAGUCUUCAACACUACCAGCAGCAACCACCCGAAUCACAACUCCAGCGAUCUCAACGGCCGUGAGGUCAUCAACCUGCGACCAAACAAGCAGAGGACUAAGAAGAAUAAGAUCCCUUUCGGGAGCUGCACACUCCUCUAGAAUGUCUGCUCUUCUUCUACUGCAUGCCUCGACUGCCUUGCUGGGAGUAAUGAGCUGCAGGUGUGGUCCGGGUGACAUGGGACGCCAUCAACACUAAUCAGAGUCAGAGAAGGUGAUCUUUAUUUUAAACACGCUCAGGCUGCGCACUGCGGUCCGGGAGUGGACUCUGAUUGCUGUGGAGGAGGAGUCUCAUGUCAUGUGUGAUCACAGCAGCAGGCUGAAUGUACUGUAACGGUCAAAUUGUGGGAAAAUGCACACUCUGGUGGUUGCACGUAGUAAAGCAGCCCGGGUGGAGGGGAGGUGGAUUUUAAGGCCGCAUUUGUUGAUUUGUGAAACUCUUAAGCUGUAGUUAACCCUUUGAGAUGACGAGUAUUAGAUUAGCCCUGCAGAGCUGUCUUAAAGCAUUAAAGUCAAACAUCAGAGUAGAUCUUACUAAUGUAAUGUAACGGAAGAAAACAGUCGUCUUCAAUCUCCACUAAAAAUCAAGAACUGCGGCUUUAGAACUGGAUUAAUAUUUCAGUCAAUUUUCUCUCCGUCCAUUCCUUCAUGCGGUAUAGAGCAGGGUAACAUUCACUAAUGACAUAAUAAUUACAUUAAAAAAAAACUAAACAUAGACAAUUUUUUUACUCUUACCAUUUGUGCAUUUGACUGUUCAUCUUUUGUGCAAUAUGUUUGUAUUGAUGGAGCUAUAUGAUUUGGGACCACAAUCCUUUCAUAAUAAUUAGUUGUUCAUAUCAGAGUCAGAUUAUCAGUUUCACUACUUUCAGCUUUUAUUCUCAAAGGUAUUUUUGUAAAGAGAAAACACAGUUCGACAAGUUGCUUAAAAACUUUAGCGUUAACAGAGUGCCAAAAAUGUUUUUAAACUUUAUGUACUUGUAAGAAAUGUAAAUAUUGUUAGGAAAACAAUUUUCCACUUUUUAAAAGAUCUGAAAUAAUAUUACUGAUACAGCUCUACUUCUAACACACAAGUUUAUGCCCUUGACUGAAACUCUGUGGGGCUAUAUUGAAUUAUAUAUAUUAAACAUAGUUUGACUCGAUUGGAUUAAAAACAGCUCUAUAAACGCAGUUCCGGCAGAUAAAGUGCAGCUUAUUUUGCACCUGGUUAAGACCAGCACUAACAGAGCACACUCCUGCUCCUCUGAUUUCACGUGUGUGCGGAUCACAAUGUUAAUAUGAUCAUGAAAAAAAGCUGUUUUCAAGCGCCGACUCCAUCUAGUAAAACCUUAUAUAUAUAUAUAUAUAUAUAUAUAUAUAUAUAUAUAUAUAUAUAUAUAUAUAUAUAUAUAUAUAUAUAUAUUUUAACCUCAGUAAAAGUUUGGAUGGUUGAAUAUUGAUUUUUUUUUUUUUUUUUUUUUUUAAUGUAAUUUGAAGUACAAUCAUGCCUGAAAACAGUCCAGCACAUCUACAUGGCCUUCCUCAGAUGGGUGAGUGAGUGGGAGUGUUUGAAUAUGUCAGUAAGAGAUUAGUGUGAUGAAGUUGCAGGGGAAUGCAGUGGAUCCGUGACUGUAGGCCUGAGAAUUAAAGGCAGACAAUUAAAUUACAGACCUGUUACAUUCAGCUUCAUCAAUAACCACAUAAACUCUUUUUUUACUUUUUCCCAGUUGGAUUUUAGAAAGCUUUUUACCCCUCACAGUUCUGCAGCCUCUGUAUGAGACACUGGUGUUAAAGGGGAAUUCCAAUGUUUUAUCCAAAUGUUUGCGUGAUUAAAUCUUUCGGUACUGAACAUCAUUCAGAGGGACCUCCCCAGUCCCAGUGGAUCACAGUGAUGGUGGUGGUGACAGAUACCAGACACAUCACAGAAAUAUGUAGAUAGAAUGGUUAUAAAAACACAGCCUGGUGCCUGAAACAAAGUUUUAUGAUGAUUUUACAAUUAUUUUGAGAAAGGUUUGGCCCAAAAAAGUGACCCUAGUCAAAAUGCAUAGUUGAUGUGAAUAAGGGUGUCACCAUGUUUUCCUUCUAAUUCAGCAGGUGCUGGGGAAAUGCUUAAAUAAACAAAACUGUGAUUCUUUAAAAAAAAAAAAACUUAUUUAAAAGUCAAAUGAGUGCAGAAAUUAAAUCUACACAGGUUUCUCUCCUAAAAACUGUUUAUUUGGGUGAGUAAAGCGCUUCCCUUUAUUUACAGUAAGCUUAGAAUUCCAGUAUUUUGUCCAAGGGUGAGCACUAGCCGCGGUUAGCAAGUACUUAGCCAGCCACGGAUAGCAGCUCUAGCUGCUAAAUGCUACUCGAUAGCUGUAGACUGAGGAACUCUGAGUGUUUCAGUAACCCAGGGCUUUAUCAGCCAGCGUUUCAUCUCAUGUAGCUUGUUUUAACACUGCAAACGCGCAGACUACAGUCCGAUAUACUCAAUCCUGAACGGGGAAGAGCUAGCGCUUAGCAGGGUUAGCAGCUAAUCCUAAUACUGCUGCACUCAGCAUCAGUGCUGGAGUACUAAACUGAAACUCCUGUAUAAUGUGACUUUACUGCUCUUUAUAACCUGACUGGUAAAAUUCAUACAUAAGGUGCACUGGAUUUAAAAGUGGAACUGUUGAUUUUUGGGAAAAUAAAAUGAUUUUAAGUGCGACUUAUAGUUGGAAAAAUACGGUAUUUUUAAACUGAAAAAUGAUUAAAUACAGAGUUCAGUUUGUUAACACUAAGCACUGCUAAGCACUGCACAUACGUUUAAUACGUUUAAGGUCUACAUUAGAUGUUAAACCUUCAGUCUUAUUAAAACAUGUAUAGAGGACUUCACUUAGUCUAGCAUGAUUGCUAACAUUCUCUUCACCUCAGAACACACUUUACUCUGUCUGACUGAAACUACACUUAAAGAUAAACUCUUAGACAAGAAUGAUCCAGAAACUGGACAAACAGAAGACAGGAUUCAGCUCUUUUUAUCUGUGCUGGUUUUGGAUUCUGACAGCACAGAUACACAGAUAGUUUUACAUCUCAGAACAGCUGAUUCUUACUAACUAACCCAAGUACUGAUGAUAAACACUGAGAGAGUGAAGUCUUAGUGUUGGAUAUCAUUAGCACAGACUGAUAACAUUAGCUGAAAUUCUAACAGAACAGACCGUGUUCCAGCUAAAUAAAGCUUAAAUCACACCUGUAGAAGAUAGAGUUCAGAGUUUACUUUGAGAAGAACACCAGACACAAAACAUUUUCUAACAGAUUGAUUCACACACACAAAACAAGCAUAAAGUAAAGUUCUAUUUUAUACAUGAAAUAUAAUACUUCUAUCAAUGCAGAUAUUGUAUAUCUGUGGAAUGAAAUCUUUCUCUUCUCGCACAUUCGAGCAGCACAAAUAAAGCUUAAAGUUUUAUACUACACUCAAACUGAGAAAAGGCGCCCUCUACAGUCACACUGUAACUCAAUGGUCACAGAAUUCAGUACAACACCCACCCCUUUUUAUACAGUGACUCAAAUUUAGUCAAUUUAUAUAUUAAAUGCUGCUUCUGAGCUAUUUUGGCCUGCAUUCACUGGAUACAGAGUAGACACGUCAUAUUUAUGAAAUACCGACCUCGUUUGGAAAUGCCAUAAAAAUGUUUUAAUAUCACGGAAUACGCCAUUACUGUUAUACCGCUCAACCCUAAGUCGAAGUGGAAAAUUACAGUGUUGUAAAGCAAAAUAGUUUUUUUCACAUUUGUGCCAUUAAUGACAUGUAGGAUAAUAAAGAAAAAAAUAUUGAUUUAUAAAUUACAAUGUGUUUUUAGACACGAUCCUUGAUCCAAUCACCACAAGUUUCUCUAGAACAUAAUCAAAUAUUUGAAAUAAGCUCUUAGGCGGAAAAGACAACCUGGAAUUCUCCUUUAACAACGAGAACUGUAUAAGAGGGUGAAAUGUUAAUAAAAACUCAUUACCCUUUGCUGGUCAGCAUAGGGGGAAAUCCACCUUCAACAUACAAAACACACAAUGGGUGUGGCUUACCUUUCAUUUUUUAAAUAUUUAUUCAUAACCUGCAUGCCUUAUAUUUCUUUAAUACAUGAAUGUGCGUCCAUGGUACUACUCUGCUGCACUGGCCAGCAACAUGUUUACAGCUGUGAUCUGCUCUCUGUUUCCUAGCUCUCUUUGUAUUUUGUAAUUCUGUGUAUCUAAUCAUUAUAAAGGCAUUUGCUACGAGGAGUCAUGCCUACACUACAGUGGAUUCAAGGCACUUUAUUUGUCAUAAAUAUAUUUUAAAAAAUUGAUUACCGAUCACUAGCAGAGAACAUAACCCUGAGAAUAUCCAUUGAAAUAUGAUUGUAUCUGUUAUGAUGACUGACAAAACACUAAUAGCGGUUAUACAUUGUUCUAUUUUAGUUGUGAAGCUUUUACCUGAGCUAAAGUACUGUUCAGGUGAAUGUUGAACAUUCCUCCAGCCACAGUUAUCUGAAUCAGAGACUACACCAGUCGUCUGCAGCUGCAGUGUCUUUACUGAUGGAAAACUUAUCAUCUCUUUGCUGAUGUGUUUUAUCUGCUGUGUCUCACCUCAUAGCUGUUGCCUUGUUCAGUUCUGUCUCUGGUCUGUUAGGUGGUAAUCAUUUUAAUCAUUUUACAAUAAAGACUCUAUUUUAACUGCU